AUGGACUUGGUGAGGGAGAUAUUUGGAGAGGAUGAAGCUGAAACAAUCCAAAAGAUCCCUAUUAGCUCAACUGGUGCAGAAGAUAGACUAAUCUGGCAAGGAACAAAAGAUGGGGUCUUCACAAUGAAGAGUGCUUACUAUCUUCAAAAUGAGCUAAAUGCACUGAUGUUUCACCAAUCCUGCUUGAUUAUUAAAAAGAAAACAAUUUGGACUAGAUGUUGGAGUUUUAAAAUCCCUAAUGCAUUGAAGACCUUUAUGUGGAGAGCUUGUCUCGAGUCAUUGCCCACAAGACUAAACCUGGCUAAGAAGCGGAUUUGUGAAUCUCCCAAGUGCCUUGUGUGCUUGAGUGAGGAUGAAACUAUGAUCCAUAUAUUGUGGAACUGUCCUUUUGCUAUCGAUGUGUGGAGACAAGGUCCUUCUGGUUUGCAUAAAAGUUCUAUCAGACCAAGAAAGUUUAGUGACUUAGUUGAGGCACUUAUCUCAACUUGUGAUCAAGAGACUAUGGAAUUAUUUGCUAUAAUAACUAGAAGCAUUUGGGGGAGAAGGAACCAAUUCAUCUUUGAGAACUCAUUUGCUCAUCCAUUUGCUUUGGCUCAGAUAGUAAAGAAUUCGCUCCAAGAAUUCAAAGCUGCUCGACAAAAGCCUCAAGCGUCUUCUCGAGGGAUGGUAGAAGGCAUUGGCAUAUGGAAUCCUCCUCCUCCAAGUGUGAUCAAGAUUUAUUGGGAUGCAUAA